GGGAGGACUGAGAGGAGGAAAAGAGUCCCAGAGUUCAGGACCUGUCCGGCUAUAUGGGUUGUGUCCUGAGUUCGGACUGGUGUGGGGAGGAAGAGGUGCUGCCGGUGCCGGUGGUCAGGAGCUCAUCUUUGAAGACAAGAACUCUGGAGAGGAGUGAGAGCUGCAGGAUGAGGCUGAAGGGGGGGAAGGGUGAGCCCCACGUCUUCAAGGAGAAGACCUUCAAAAAGAAGCGGCAGUGCAGCGUGUGUCGGCAGAACAUCGACAACAUCGGCUCCUUCUGCAGAGGAUGCAAGACGGCUACCCACAGGAAGUGUGAGGGCAAGGUGACCUCAGCCUGCAUCCCUGCUCCCUCCAAUGAUCUGCAGCGCAGAGGGACCGCUCCUUCUCGACACACCCAGCACCUGGGUUCCACCAAGUCUCUGACCUACACCAAACAGAGGAACACCCUCCCCAGCCACCUCCCCUGCACUCAUUCAAAAAGGAGCUUCAGUGUGGAUCGUGUGAUGGAGAGAGUGAUGGAGCGCCACUACGACUUCGACCUGACCUACAUCACCGAGCGGAUCAUCUCCGUCUUCUUCCCCCCGAAGCUUGAGGAGCAGAGAUAUCGUAUCAACCUGAAGGAGGUGGCAGCCAUGCUCAAAUCCAAACACCAGGACAAAUUCCUGCUCCUGAACCUCUCCGAGAGACGCCACGAUAUAACGCGACUCAAUCCAAAGGUUCAUGACUUCGGCUGGCCAGACCUCCACGCCCCACCUCUGGAUAAGAUCUGUGCCAUAUGUAAGGCCAUGGAGACAUGGCUGACCUCUGACCCCCAGCACGUGGUGGUCCUGCACUGCAAGGGCAACAAAGGCAAAACAGGAGUCAUCAUUGCAGCCUACAUGCACUACAGCAAAAUCUCUGCAGGGGCGGAUCAGGCUCUCAGUACUCUCGCCAUGAGGAAGUUUUGUGAAGAUAAGGUGUCCUCUUCCCUCCAGCCGUCCCAAAACAGGUAUAUCUAUUACUUUGGAGGCCUUCUGUCAGGGGCGAUCAAGAUGAACAGCAGCCCUCUCUUCCUCCACCAAGUCCUCAUCCCAUGUCUCCCAAACUUCCAGGGUGAAGGAGGCUACUUCCCCUUCUUGAAGAUCUACCAGUCCAUGCAGUUGGUGUACACUUCAGGCAUUUAUGACCUUCAAGGCACCGGAGGCAGGCGGCUGAGUGUGACCAUCGAGCCGGCGCUGCUGCUAAAGGGAGACAUCAUGGUCAAAUGUUACCACAGGCGAGCUCAGAGUGCUGACAGAGACACCGUGUUCAGGCUGCAGUUCCACACCUGCACCAUCCACGGAUCCCAGCUGUGGUUUGGCAAAGGGGAGCUGGACGAGGCUUGUGUUGACGAGCGUUUUCCAUCUGAUGCCACGGUGGAGUUUGUCUUCUCCUCUGGACCUGAAAAAAUCAAAGGCCGCGAGUAUCAGAAAAACGACCCAGCUGUGACAGUCGACUACAACACAGCUGAUCCAGUGGUUCGCUGGGAUUCCUAUGAGAACUUCAACCAGCGAUACCAGGACAGCCUGGAGGAUAUCGCUCACACCAGAGGUCCUGUGGAUGGCAGUCUCUACGCUCAGAUAAAGAAGCGAAGAGGUCCCGGCUCGGGUUCUCUCAGCUCAACCAAUGGCAGUGGUCCAGUAGCAGGCCUUGGAGAGGACAGGCCAGAUCACCUCAUCACACAAGGUUCAGACUCCGCCCUCUCAGCUCAUUCCCAUUUGAACCAAUCAGCAAUCCAUCCCGACCAUCAGGAGGAGCCCGUUCGCCCUCCGCCCCCAACCAGACAGGAGAGGGAGGACCUUGAACGUCUUCUUGGAGGCAUCGAGGGGAACCAAGGCGGCGAGAGAGAGACGGCCAUCUUGGAUGAUGGAGAUUCUUUGCCCUCAGAGAGAACUGGGACUCUGAGGCUCAGUCGGUCUUGCUCCUGCAGGGAUGGUUACCGGUCCCAGCGCUGUGCUGAGCCUGGCUGUGACCGCACCCUCCUCAUGCCUAAUGGUUACUGCCUCGACCGGGCUCCUGGCACCAACGGGCACCAUGGGGCCACCCCUUCUACCAGCCCCAACCCAGCUGCUCCUCCAUCACACAUGGAUCUGUGCCAGCACUACAGCCCCCACUCCCAUCAGUCCCUUCCACCUCCAGACCUGGUUUGGGACAGACAGAGCGGUCCUCCACACUACCUACAUCGCACCUGUUCAGAGGCUUCUUCAUCUCGACAUGUGUGCCCAUACCCAUCUCCAGACAUCACCCCUCACCCUCACAACCAUCUACAUCACCAUCCCCUGUCUGCCCCAGGUCGCCUCUACUGUCGGGAAGACGACUACGGUCCCUACCACCACCCUCCUCCGUCUCACAGCCACCAUCAUCCCCAUCCACACCACCCCAAACCUGCCACAAGCCCAACCUACCAUGACAUAAUGCUGAUGGAUGGUCUGCCUCCCCCUGGCUGUCUGUGCAGAGACUGCAGCAUCAGGAGAGAAGACUCAGCAGCCUAUCACAGCCUGAGGCUCGACCGAAGUGAGAGCUUCCACUGGGACAGAGAGGCGGAGCUCCAGCAGAGGGAGGUGGGGCUUAGGAGAGCCAGGGAGGCUGAGUUACCUCGAGGGUCAGAGCUCCACUGGGAGAGAGAUCCUGGGCUGAGACGAGGCAGAGAGCUGUCCCUCCACUGGGAUAGAGACAGGGAGGCUGAGCUGCAGUGGGAGAGGGACAGAGAGGCUGAAUAUUGGCACAGGAGGGCUACCGUAGCCUCCUACGGCCCACAGGGUCAUGACCUUCCAGCCUUUACAUUCGACCCCUUGCCAUCAGGUCAUCCAGCCUAUCCAGAGGCCUCCAGGUCUCAUGCUCACUCCCAGCUAGACCUGAAGUACAGCAGCAGCAGCAGUGGUUACCAAACGCCUCGCCAGGUGUGCCCCUGCUCGCCCUAUCAGCCUUCGCCUUCUGAGAGCAGAGGCUACGGCUCAGGAUACCAGUCUGAGUCCACAUCCCCGCUACCUACGGGGUCCUGCAGUCACAGCAACGGGCCAGCAGAGCACAACCACAACCACCACCAUCACCAUCCAGACUCCCAGCAGUCAUACGGCUCUGACUCACACACUGAAGGCCUUCGUAGUUCUGGUGAGAGUGUCGGCUGGAGGGAUCACAUAACCCAUGGUUCUUUUAAGAGAGCUCACAGAGACGUCCAUGCUGCAUGCUCCACGCCGUCCGACAUGUCUGGACCACCCACUCCCGUCCACACUAGCAGUCCUUUACGCACACAGGAAAGCCCCAGUCCAGGAGGAAGAGAGUAUGAGAUCCGGACCACAGACAUCAUCGGCAGUGACUGUGAGGGAUCCCAACCCCAGGACGGACACUACUGUCCUGAUACGGUUGUCCCAGAGAGCCAAAGAAGCAGCACAGACCCGUCAUCCAUGCCUCAGGUGGCCAGAGACUCUCAGCCACACCCAGCCACACCUUUACAAACAGAGCCCCACAACCACUGCACUGCACCAACAGACCCGCCCCCCUCAGCUCCCCAACAGCAGCACUGUAGCCCAGAAACAGCUCUGACAACGCAGAACUCUUCUUCUGUUAACUCUGCAAGUCCGACCACAUCAAACCAGGGACACUACCAGACCCCUUCUUCUCCAAUCCAUGCUUCUCCUGCACCAGACACUCACUCACAACCUGGGCCCACCACCGUCCAGACUCCCCAUCCCUCAGAGAUUGCUGCUCUGGCACAGACAGUGUCCCAGCCUCACAACCAGAUCCAAUCGGACGGCAGUGAAUUCACAAGAAUGUCUCCAGCAGAAGUUUCUGGUACUUCUCCAGCCAGGGAACCUCACCCAGAAGCCCCCAAAACCACCGCUACCCCUGCCCCCAACACGACGUCUGCCCCUGCAUCCCCAUCAUCCCCGCAGCCUGCCUCUUGUAACAUGGAAGGCUCCCCAGUCUCUGACAGUCCAGUUCCUGGCUUCUCCACCUUAGGCAGGAGGUUGAUGCUGAGUGGUUCGGACCCCCACCACAUGAACCACAUCCAGCAGCACGGACCCCCACACCACCACCACCCUGGUAUGGAGCACAGUCUUGCCCGACACAAUCCUGCUCCAGACAACAACAAGAGACCGUGCUACUCCAAUCCAACUCCUCAGCUCCACCCGUCCUCCUACUCCAACUACUCCACCAUCUCCAUCCCCCUUCCUCACCCACAACCGCCUCUGCCAGAGAAGCGUCACCCACCGACCCACUCAGGUUCACCUAAUGAUGGUGUGGGAACUCUGAGGCCAGCUGUGGGCCAUGUGCCUCUGUCCACCACCACCACCAACGGCCAGCAUCAGCACCACGUCACAUUCUCUCCCACUGUUGGGGAAAUUGCGCCUCCUGCAGGCCAGAAUGAUGGAGAAGCAUCUGCUGAGACUGAGAAUGCAAACAGGGUCAGCGUGAAGUUUGUUCAGGACAGCUCGAGGUUCUGGUACAAGCCUGGCAUCUCCAGAGAGCAAGCUAUCGCAGGUCUGAAGGAGAGGGAGCCAGGAACCUUCCUGAUCAGAGACAGUAACUCUUUCCAGGGGGCCUAUGGUCUGGCCCUGAAAGUGGCUACACCUCCUGCCAAUGUCAACAACCACAGCAGCAAGAUCAGCGACCCUCUGGAGCAGCUGGUCAGACACUUCCUGAUAGAAACAGGCCCCCGAGGAGUCAAGAUCAAAGGGUGUCAGAAUGAGCCCUACUUUGGGAGUCUGUCUGCAUUAGUCUAUCAACACUCCAUCACACCCAUCUCUUUGCCCUGCACUCUGAAGAUCCCUGAAAAAGAUCUGAUAGGAGAGAUGCCGGAGGUUCAACCAGUGAGUAACAUCAGCACGGCUGCUGACCUGCUGAAACAAGGCGCAGCCUGCAACGUCCUCUUCCUGAACUCUGUGGAAACCGAGUCUCUGACCGGCCCCCAGGCCAUCGCCAAAGCCACAGACGCCUCCCUCGGUCGUAACCUUCGUCCAGCUGCUACUGUGGUCCAGUUCAAAGUGACAUCACAGGGUAUCACACUGACAGACAGCCAGCGCAGGCUUUUCUUCAGGAGACAUUACCCCGUGAACAGUGUCACUUUCAGCAGCGUGGACCCGAAAGACAGGAGGUGGACUAAUUCAGACAACACCACUGUUAAGGUGUUUGGUUUUGUUGCCAAGAAGCCAGGCAGCCAGGCUGAGAACGUUUGCCACCUGUUUGCUGAACUGGACCCUGAACAACCUGCGUCUGCUAUCGUCAACUUUAUCAACAAGGUCAUGUUAGCGCAGCGCCGGUAGAGGGAGACAAAGCAGGACAAGCUCCAAAGAUUAAAUAAGCGGUGACACAAAAACACAAAUUACUGACAAGGAUUUGAUUGUUCAGUAGUUCAGUUUUCUGAGUAAGUGCCAUAACAAUAAUGCUAUUUUACCAUGCAGAGAUUUCUUAUUAUUGGUGUUCAGACAUUUUGAAGGAGAUUUAAAUCUUAGUCCAUGAUCCCUGCUGUUGUUAUACAUUAGUGCAUUUUCAUCCGGCUAACCCUCAACAAGCACUUGUUGACAGAAUAACUCAACGUUUAAGUUUUCUAAUAUAGGUCAGUAUUUUUGAAGAGACAAAACAAACAAACAAACAACACUAUGACUGUUUGUGUUACGUCUCCUCCAAACACAGGAGGCUACACCUCUACAAUCCUUAUUAGCUUUCUCAGAUAAAUCACUUCUUCUACCAGGGGCCUGUAUCAUGGAGGAGGAUAAGUGGGUCAUUCUGCUAUCUUCUGGUGUAACUCAAGUUUCAUGAGGCUGGCUUUUUUUUUAAACUGCUUAGACCAGCACAGAGAUCUGCAAAACAGAAUCAUCAUUUGUACCGACAUGGAAAAAAAACAAGGUCUCAGUGAGGUAACUGUAAAUAUAUGCAGGUAACAGAAUUGUGCUUAUUUGUAUGAGUGAAAUGGAUUUGCCUACCAUGUAAGAGGGAAAAGAAAAAAAAUCACAUAAUUUGUUAUAAAUCUUUGAAUUCAUUUCCUUUAGUAAACUUUUAAGGUAAAAAAAUAAAUUGUCAUUAAUUAUGAAAAGAAAAUUUUAUGAACUAAAUAAUAUGAAACAUUUACUUUAUGUCUGAAUUUAUUUUUCCUCAUGCUGACAUUCACCACAUGCUUAACUUUAAACUAUUUUUAGGUAUCCAUUGUUUUGAACAUUUUCCUCAUCAUGACACAAAAAGCAGCAAAAUUUGACAAAGGAUGAUACAAGGGUUAUACCAUUAAUGUUUGACUGGUGUUCAAGACCGCUUAAACAAAAGAAUUCAAUGAAUUUCUGGAAACAGGGCUUACAGUUCAUUAUAUGUCCAUGUCAAAUUAUUUUUAAUGAAGACUGUUAUAGAACAAUGAGAUCAACCUAUAUGUGGAAAAUCUAUCAAUCAAUCUAUCAGUCAAUCUAUCUAUCAAUCUUUUUUUAUAUAGCGCCAAAUCCCAACAAACGUUAUCCCAAGACUCUUUCCAA